AGUCCACGGAGACUUUCAGACGCGACUCGAGGACUGAUCUUCUGUUUUUGUAGAUUAUUAGACGGUUCACCUAAACUAUCGUUGCAUAUCAGGGCAUCUUUCGAGCUCGAUCGAAUGCUGGGAAAUGGAGAACUCAUCGGAGAACUCGAAACGACGUGGGAUGAGCUACUCAAUCACGGAGAUGAACCUUUCAAUCUCUCAUUCCCACUCGUUCGUGGCGACUGUCCUUCCCUCACGCUAAAGGCCGCUGUUGUACAAUCUUGCGACAAUCAGGACAACACACUGCUUGACUCCACAGCAGACUGCGAGAUUGAUCGAGACACGGAUGCAGGCCACGCCCGAUUCGUCGAAUAUGUUUCAAGCGAGAGCGACUCUUACCUGAACGAUGCUGUAGAGCAUUUUCAGUCGGUUCUAGACCAGUGUCCGGUCGACCAUCCUGACCGUGCAGCGGCUCUCACCAACCUCGCGUGGGCCCGCCUCAAAGGCUACAUUCGGAAGGAUUUCCAAGACAUUGACUCCGUCACUUCCCUCUUCCGGGAAGCCCUUGAAUUGCGUACGCAGGGCCACCCCGAUCAUCCGCUGUCGCUCUAUCACCUCACUGAAGCGUUGACCUGGCGCUACAUCAAGGAGGCCACUGCCGUCUAUAUCCAUGAAUCCGCCCAACUGUACUGCAAGCUACUGCCCCUUUGUCCAGAGGGCACCUACCUUUGCAGCAUCGCGGCAGGGGAAAAUGGCGUGGAUUAUGUGAUUCGCGCAUGCAACAAUCUUCCAACCAACGCAUCAGAUGAAGGCAUCCACCUCAGACGAAUUGUGCUCCGGCUCUGUCCUCUGGGUCAUCAACACCGUCCGGACGCACUCUACGAGCUUUCAAGUGCUUUCCAAUUACGCUUUCGACAAUGCGGCAGCAUUGAUGACAUAGACGAGAGCAUACGAGUUGGUCGCGAAGCUGUUUCUCUAUGUCCUGAGGAACAUUCCAAGCGUGAUGCCUAUUUGAAUAACUUGGGCUAUUCACUCCGAUUCCGCUUUGAUCACCAAGGCAGGUCCCAUGACCUUGAUGAAGCCAUCUGUGUAUAUGAAGAAGCGCUGCGCAUGUGCCCUGCUGGGCACGACAGUCGUCGUGUAUCAUUGGACACCCUAGGAGGCGCCCUCCGCUCCCGUUUUUACGAAUGGGGUGACGUUAAUGAUAUUAACCGAGCCAUCAGCCUCCGUCGCGAGGCGGUAACAUUGAGCUCACCUGGGAAUCCAUAUCAUGACACCACGCUUCACAAUCUCGCCAUCACGCUCAAAACCAGAUAUAACAAAUUUGAUGUCAGCGAGGAUCUCGACGAGGCUAUCGAUCUUUACCGCGAAUCGCUUCGGUCAAGGCGACUUGACCAUCCAGAGCGUCACAGAAAUUUGUUCAAUUUGAGCUCGGUGCUUUGCUCUCGUUUCACGAAAACUCAGAAGAAUGAAGAUAUCGAGGAGGCCAUUCGACUCUGCCAAGAGUCGUUGGAGGCUCUACCUUCACUGCACCCAGAUAGAUUUAACGGCUACACAUGGCUACAGGAGGCCUAUCUGUCUCGUUACCGAGUGCAAAGCAAGUCUGCCGAUUUGUCACUCACUGUGGAGAACUUCAGACUAGCAUCACGACACACAACUCAAGGAUUUCCAGACCGCAUCAAGGAGGCUAUUGACUGGGCUCGCCAAGCAGAAGUCUAUCAACAUGAAUCUGCCCUCGAGGCAUACCAAAUAUGCUUGGAGCUUUUCGACAACCAUGUAAUGACGCGAUCGUCGAUCAUCUCACGACGCGAGGCUGCAACCGCUUUUCGCGGUGCUCAAUCACUACCGGUAGAUGCAGCCUCAUGUGCCAUACGUCGUGAGAAUUUACAACAGGCAGUCGAACUCGUGGAGCAGGGCCGUGGCCAGCAGUGGUCGCUGGCCUCACGACUUAGAACACCGCUUGAAGACCUCGAGUCUACGAGUCCCGAGCUAGCUCGCGAGCUCUCAGAGCUGAGCAAGAGCCUUUCUGACGCUCAGGGUUCCGCAGCCAGCACAGACAGAGUCGCUGCUGAUCGGGCAGCAACCAAGUACAGGCGACUUACAAGGCAAUGGGACACUGCAGUGGCUGAAAUCCGUAAUCUUCGGGCGUUCUCGCGAUUCUUACUCCCACUGUCUUAUGAUGAUUUGCAAGCGGCGGCGCGUCAUGGCCCAGUCAUCAUCUUCAUCGCCAGUCAAUAUUCAUGCAGCGCCAUUAUCGUCCCGACAUCAGGAGAGCCUCAUCAUGUUCCCCUGCCGUCUGUUACCCUUACAGAUCUAAAUAAUCUCAAAGAUCGCUUCGCCAGGGCGAUACGACACGCAUCUAUCAUGGGCCCAAAAGUGCCGCGUAACGAUCUGAUAGUCCUCUUGCGGACAGUAUGGAACAAUAUCAUGCUACCCAUCGUCAAUGUCCUCCAGCAUGACCUGAAAUUAAAAUUCCGCUCUCGAAUCUGGCUGUGUCCAACUGCAGCUUUCACGUCCAUUCCUCUGCACGCGGCUCACCCCUUUCAAACAAAGGCAGAUGGUUCUAAGGAGCCAUGCCUGGAGGAUCUUUACAUCUGCUCUUACACGCCGACACUUUCGGCUCUGGUCAGAUCUAGACAGAUGAUGAAGAGUCGUGUCGCUCCAUCCUUCGCGACAAUCGGACAAGGUCAACCGGGUGCAGGGAAAGGCAAGGCGCUCUUGGCUGUCGACAGCGAGCUCGAGCUUGUCCAAAAGCUCGUUCCUGCGAUGGCCACCCGCACUGCUAUUUCUGGAGACGCAGCGACACGAGCAGGUGCACUCGAAGCUUUGGAAGAGAACACCUGGGUGCACCUUGCCUGUCACGGGAAGCAGGACCCUACGCAGCCUUACGAUUCCCAUUUCGUCAUGAAAGAUGGACCUCUGACGCUGCUUGAUAUCAUGGAGAAAGACAUUCCGCACGCAGAGUUCGCGUUUUUAUCCGCUUGUCACACCGCUGUCGGGGAUGAGGAGACGCCCGACGAAGUCAUUCACCUUGCAGCUGGUCUCCAAUUUUCAGGGUUCAAGAGCGUCGUUGGCAUGCUGUGGGAGGUCGAUGACGCUGUCGCAAAGCAUGUUGUGGAGGCUUUCUACAAGAACAUGUUCAAGGAUUUGGAGGAUGGUGGUGACAUGGACUGUACGAAGGCAGCCUGGGCGCUCAACCGUGCUACACAUGCCGUGAAGACGAAAGUGCCGCUGGAGCAGAGGAUGGUUUUUGUCCAUAUUGGUGUGUAGUUUUAUCUUGCAUGGCUUUCACUAGUAAGCUAGGCUCUGGUACGAAUUGUUGUUGAUAUUUCGUCUCGUUGGUGUAUUUGUUGUAACAUUGCCUUGAUACUUGCUCCGCAUCGAUAUCUCCUCGUGUAAUUGUGUACUAUUAGAAUAGUCUUUCGAAACUUCAUUCAUUGUUCGAGUA